ACAACCCAACUGCCCAUUUCCCCCCCAUUUUUCACCCCACCGACCCUUUCAUUCAACUUCAUCGUCGUCUUCUUCCUCUUUCUCUCUCCAUAAUCUCAAAUUCAAACCCCAAUUACACAAUUCCUCAACACAAAACCCCCUUAAUUGAUACUUUUCUCCCAAAUUAUACCUUCCAAUUUACUCAUCUCUUUCUCUCUCCUACGAUACCACACAAAAAACCCAUCCUCUGGAUCUCAUCUUCAACUCUUCUCUCUCUUUCUACACAUCAAUUUCUCACUUUUUUCUUCUAUAUAAAACCCAAACAUUAAGUUUAACAAUGACACACAUAUUCCAUUGUUUCGAAUAUACCCUCUUCUCAUUUCUCUCCCCUCUUUAACAAUUUGUCAAUUUAAUCGAUUUCUUCUCUUUUUCAAUUGAUUCCCUCCCUAAUAUCACUUCACUACAUCAUCUGCAUUUGUGGGUAUCAUUCAAUUUUAAGUAAUUUUGAUCAGAAUCCGGUCUUUUCCAUUUUAUUUUCCGGGUUUUGGUUGAAUUGUUGUUGGGUUUUUCCCCAAUGACUAGCGAGUUUGCAGAUGAUGUAUCAUACUUGACUUUUCUGCCCAUUUCUUUAAUUUUCGUUGUAAUUUGUUUGGUUUCGUUGUUGAAGAAGAAGAGUAAAGCGGUAAUGGCGGUUGUUGAUAAUGGGUUUUUUCGGAAUGAGCAGAAGCUUCAAAGGCUCAAAUGCUCUGUGAAAAAUUAUGAUUGGGGUAAAAUUGGGAGCGAUUCUGAGGUUUAUAGAUUGUUUAGCGCCAAUUACGAAGGUAAUAAAUUGGAUCCAAACAAACCCUAUGCUGAAUUUUGGAUGGGAACCCAUGAAUCUGGUCCAUCUCAUAUGGCCAAAAAAGGGAAAGUUUCAGGAAAUGUGAAUAAUGGUGGUGACACUCUCAAGUCUUGGAUUGAGAAGAACCCUAAUGUGCUUGGUCGUAAGGUUGUUGAGAAGUGGGGUUAUGAUCUACCCUUUUUGUUUAAGGCGUUGUCGGUCGCAAAGACAUUGUCAAUACAAGCUCACCCUUGUAAGGAGUUGGCAAAGAAAUUGCACAUUAAGGACCCCAGUGUUUAUAAGGAUGGCAAUCAUAAGCCAGAAAUGGCUCUUGCAGUAACAAAGUUUGAGAUCCUUUGUGGAUUUGUUGGUAUUGAGGAACUCCAAAAAAUUCUGAAAGGUGUUCCAGAAAUAUCACAGUUAGUUGGUGCUGCAGUUGUGGAUCAACUGCUGAACAUCACCCCUGAAGAUGAGGAGGGUGCUGUUAAAGCUGCCUUGAAACAACUGUUCACUCAAAUCAUGUCAGCAAGUGAGCACGUGAUUGCUGAGGUUCUGUCUCAAUUGGUUCCUCGUUUGAGGAAGAAGGAUGCGUUAACAUCAGAGGAGAAGCUGGUCCUACGGCUUGAAAAGGAGUAUCCAGGUGAUGUGGGGGUGCUAGCAGCUUUCCUCAUGAACUAUGUAACGUUAAACCCUGGUGAAGCCUUGUGCUUGGGGGCAAAUGAACUACACGCAUAUGUAUCUGGUGAUUGCAUCGAGUGUAUGGCAACUUCAGAUAAUGUUGUUCGGGCCGGUUUGACUCCUAAGAAGAGGGAUGUUAAGACUUUAUGUGAUAUGCUCACAUACAAAGUGGGCCGACCUGAUAUACUUAGGGGAUUCAGCGUAGAGGGUACUGAUGGACGCACAAAAAGAUACCGUCCUCCAUUUGAAGAGUUUGAGGUUGAUCACUGUGAUCUUCCUGAAGGGACAUCGACCAAGUUUCCUGCAAUGGGCGGUCCAUCCUUAUUUUUGGUCACCGAAGGGACUGGAAUAAUAAGAACAACCUUUUCAGUGGAGAUGGUCAGAGUAGGCGAUGUGUUAUUUGCACCAGCAAACACGAAGAUAAGCAUAGAAUCUUCAGGUAGAAGGUUUCAACUCUACCGAGCUGGAGUUAACAGCAAAUUUUUGUGAUCACAACCCAAAAGCUGCUUAGCAUAUUAUUCAGAAAUUCUUUUGGCAGCCCCUCUCGCGCAUCAUAAUUUCACUAUUUUGAGAUUAAUGUAUGUAUUAUAUAUUUGUUGAUUUUAGCAAAUAGGGCUUCUGUUGUACACAUGCUACCACAAAAAGAAUAUAGUAAAAAGUAGUAAGAGAAAUUUCUUACGUUCAUAAA